GUUGGACGCAACACCAGGAGUCAUGAGGCUGACCACCGUGUCAGCCCUCCUGGUCGUGGCCGCCUGUCUAGUCCACGGUGACGACGAUCUGGACGAUCUCGACGAGGAGGACCAUCGCCGCUCUGCCAAGACAACCGCCCGCGCCAAACCCGACUACAACUACGGCUACAGCGUCAAGGACAAGGCCUCUGGUGUGAAGCUGAACGCGAAGGAGAAGCGUUUCGGGGGUCGCACGGAGGGCUCGUACACGACGAAACUGCCCGAUGGCCGCAACCAGGUGGUCGAUUACUGGGUAGACGGCAAGUCGGGGUACAAUGCAGAGGUUUCUUACGACAGCCUGCCCAAGCAUCCUGAGUCGGUGACCGAGAAGAUCGCGACAGCUCCCCCUCCUUCUAUUCCUCUUCCUCCACAUCUUCCUCUUCCUUCUCCUACUCCUUCUCCUUCCCUUCGUCCCCAUGGCGGAGGGUCUGCCUCAUUUCGGCCGGCACUUCAAGCGAGACCUCUGCUUUUCCGGAGGCCCCAUCUCCACCCGAGGCCCCACCUCCACCCAAGGCUCCAUCUGCGCCCGAGGUCCCACCUCCGCCCGAGGCCCCAUCUCUACUCGAAGACCCAUCUCCGCCCGAGGCCCCUGAUACAUCCAGAGGCGCUGAUGCGUCGGCGGCCGUUCAUCCAUCCGAGACCGCUGAUCCACAUGAGGCCGGUGAUUCACCCAAGACCUGGCAGGCAUGUGCCGCGGUUCCUCCCGCGAACACGGGAAGGCGUUUGAGGACGCACUUUUGUCGUUAUUCGCACGGCAGCUUGUUUAGGAAUUUCGCCAGCUUGAGCGCCCUAUAUGUAAUAUGGUCCGUGACGUCCGGUACAGUUUCAUGUCCAUGUGUGAGCCAAGCAAUAAACGUUC